UUCCAUAAAGAGAUAUAUAAUACUAACCAGACCUCUACUGGAGUAUGCAGCACUUGUCUGGAACUCUUAUAUCCAAAAAGACAUCUUGAUCCUGAAAAUGGUCAAACUAAAUUCUGUGCUUUUGGUGGGGAUGAUUUUAAUAAAUUGCGUAAUUGCCAACAGACAUUCAGCCAUUGGCCUCUUGAAAUAAGUUUGCUGUGAACAUAUUCUUUAAGAUGUUUCUUCCCUUCUAUCGACAGUCUUUACUGUUUUUCCUUGUACAUGAUUAAUCUGAUUUGUAUAGAAAGAUCAAUUAAACAUCGAUAUAUUGCUAAGAGUUCGAUCUAACAUCGACUGUACUCAAGAACCUCAGGAUGAUAAUUUGGUGUUUGCAUCUGUUUUAUCAUGUUAACAAGUUAUUACAAAGAUAUUUUACUGUUCACUUAUUUUACAUUCAAUUACCUGUCUUUUUGAUGCAAGUUUGGAAAUAUAAAUUGAUGGAAAUAUUAAGAAUUAGUUCAAACCAUAAUAAGUAUCGGAAGAAAAGAAAAAAAAUGAUAAAUAAGGCACUUGGAUUAGUUUUCCUGUUUGGGUAUACAAAAGUGACAGCUAUUAAUGAGAUAGCAUGUGAGGGACAGACCCUCUCCCUUUCCUGUCCCCGGGGCCAGUCCAUCAACAUUACCUACGCUAACUACGGCAGGACCAAUCCCUACGUUUGUUUCGCCGGAAACUCACAGAAUCUGCCAUGCUUAUCUAAUACGGCUUACCGGGAAGUAAGGCGCACCUGUCAGGGUCAGAAUCAGUGCUUUAUCUCAGCGUCAGAUAGUAUCUUCGGGGACCCAUGUCCUGAUACUUAUAAAUAUCUGGAUGUGGACUACGAAUGUGAAAUUCCACAAACAGGAGGAGAACGUUUUUAUGUUUGUGAGGACGGUACCUUGAACCUUUUUUGCACACGAGGAGCAGUUUUAACAGUAUUUUCCGCCAACUAUGGUAGACAGCAUCCCAGAAUCUGUCCCGGACCAGGGUUAAAUGAUUUUAUCUGUCUGUCGUCGAGCACCGUGGACAUCGUCAGAAGACUUUGUGAUAACCGGGAGAGUUGUCAGCUUGAAGCAACUAACAAUUUAUUUGUGGACAAUUGCUCGGGAAGAGCCAAAUAUCUGGAAGUUAAUGUCGGUUGCAUUUAUAUUGGAAUCUAAAAAAAACUUUUAACACUUUUAAAUUCAUUUUUAAAUAAAGAUAAGGUUGCAAUAA